UCCUUCCGACCACACUUCUAACAGUUCGGUGGUUGACUCAAAACUUUUUCCCAAAAAGCGCUUCGCAGGAACUAAAUGAGUUGCCAGCUCACCAAGAUGAUAGAGAAGUGUCAGCAAAUUGUAAAGAAGUAGUUAUUUGGUUACCGCCGUUGUUAUAAAAAGUGUUUUGCUGAUUUUUUUCGCUCUCAGUUUUUGUUGGUGGUGGACUUGGCGAGUUUUUAGAGGAGAAACUUUGUGUUUAUGUUGACAUGGGGAUUGUAGUUGGUACUAUUGCAUCUUCAGUGCUCUGGCUGCUUGCAACAGGGGCCCACCACAAGCACUUGCGAUUGGAGCCCACUGGUCACUUCCAUGCAUUUUUCACCGGCGACAGUUUUUUCAUCACGUGUUCGGCAGGUCCAAACAGUGGCGCCACGAGACUAACAUGGCAAGCGCCGAGUGGAAAAGACAUCACCGUAAGCACGGGAAGGGUUCAUGUAGAAGCAGCUCCAGAUAACCCUUAUGGACUGGAGCUAGUGUUCGAGGAUGUGAAAUACGAGGACAGAGGGACAUAUGUUUGUUCGGCCAUAAUAGACGGAAGAGAAGCAAGGACCCAUUUUGUACUAACAGUCUACCUGUCUAUUACAUUCUGGGGUACUCCGGAGCAUCAAGUAGGAAAAGAAGGAACUGAUUUCAUGGUGUUGUGUAACGUUCGGUCGGACCCCUCGCCUAUUAUUUCUUGGUAUGUCAACGGAACUCUCAUCUUAGAUGGUCCGAAGUAUACUAUAACAGAGGACGGACUCUACAUUCGGAAUUUGAAACCGACGGAUUAUGGCAACUAUACUUGUCGGGCGUUUGUGGUUACACCUCACAGCUCCCAGAUGAAAGAUCGAGACAUCACAGUUCAUGUCCACUAUAGGCCCAUCUGGCACACACCUCACAUGGAGCUGGCCCACGGCGUCAUCGGGUCCAGUGCCAACUUGACCUGCGCUGCCCAUUCUCAGCCUCCCCCAGUCUUCGAGUGGUUUCGAGAGAUGGUGUUAUUAGGGAACAGCAAGCUUUACAGGAUCAUCAACCAGAAAUGGAAGAGCAUUUUACAGGUUAAAAUUAAAGAUGCAUCCGUGUUUGGGGAUUAUCACUGUGUUGUUAGCAACACCAUGGGGAAAGUAAAGAGAAAGAUAACUUUAGUUGAAGGAAUUGUCCCUGCUCCCCCGGAAUUCACUGUGUGGAGUGACGAGCCUGGCAUCUUAAUUAUAAAAUUUGCAAUCCCACCCCAUUCCAUUCUCCCCAUCUUGGAAUACAGAAUCGAAUGGAAACUGACUACGGACACUGACUGGCAUCAAGCAAGGUACCACCAAGCAAGUGAUGGAAAUGAAUUUGUGAUCCAUGGCUUGAGCUUUGAGAGUGAUUAUUCCAUUCGCAUUGCUGCUAGAAAUACUGUGGGCUACAGCAAUUAUUCAGAAGAAGUGGUUCAAAGGACUAAAGGUCUAAUUGCCGAAACAGUGGUGGAUGGCAGCAGCGUGUCUUCCUCUUUCAACUCGGCAGUGGCCUCGACUCUACGGGCAGACAUCUUCCAGCACUAUGCUUCAGUGUUAGUGCUCUACCUUAUCAUUGUCUUCAAGAAUCGCUGAUGUCUCCCAAUUGGUUCUGCUGUUCUGUGUGCAUCUAUUAAAGAUAUUUGAUGUUAUGUCACCAAACUGUUGCUUGAUGGGAUUCAAAAAUGUGCAAAUUCACAAAGUAUUUUUGUCUUGUGAAGUCAUCAGCACUUCUAUUGUCGUUGGUUCUCAAUGUAUAUUAUUCCUGGAAUCGGAAGCAAGGUGGAUGUCGCUUCGUGUUUUUAUAUUAUGUGAUACCUACCAAAAAAUGAGCUCUAUGAAUGGUUGCUUUAGAUAAUAAAAGCAAGAUGCUGAACUUGCUCAGUGUAUGUUUAGUAUGAUUGAUUGGUCUUCAAGUGAAUAUGUGUGAUUGGUAAUUGGGAAGGCAUUGUAUUAGAACAAUUUAUGAUAGCAAAGAUUCAGAGAAGACUCAAAGAUUCUACAUACUGCACAACCAUUGUUUAUUCAAAAUGUUUGAACUAUUUACCUCCAGCUCAACCUUUAUAAGCGCUUUGAACCCCGCCCCUUUGUUUAUAAUCUAAUCCCCCCCCCCCAACACGAUUAAUGUUGUAGGUUUCAAGUGAACAAAACCGCAUUUAUGUCUCCACAAGUCAAACGACUUCCAUCGUGUGUAUACCGGAUUUCAGCAAUGUUUUAUAAACCGUGUUGUGUGCUUCCGCCUUUGUGAGUCAAUAUUUUUCUAAAAUUAUCGUUUUAAUUUUUUAAAAUACAAUAAUAAUAUAUUUUAUGUUGCAUUUUUUUAUUAAAUUCAUUUCUUAUAAAACUAUCAAUAGAUGCAGAACUGUUUAGAGGUUCAUCAAUGGUUUAUCAAUUCUAAUGAACAGCUUUACGAAAAAAACAAACUUCAAUAAAACUGGUGAAGUUUGAAUUUCGAACUGAAAAUCCCUUUAAUUAUUUCGUCUUAACAUUUUAAAAUUCAGAUAUAUGAACACAUGCCUUAUUUGAAUGAGUUUAUGUGAACAAGAAAAAAUAAUAUUAGGAAUCUGAUUUGGAUAUUUUUCAGAUUAUUAAAACAUGCCAGUACUGAAAGGAAAUUUAAAUA